AUGUUGCAAUGUCGCUCUCUUCUUCGACCUCAAUUAUCGGUAAGUUACAUUGUACCGAAACCGUCGAGCGUAGAACAAUCAUGCCGAUCGCAUAAAAGAUGGCCACAGUAUAGUGUAGUAAUGAACUGAUAAGACUCUUUUGGUCGUCCCCCGUCCAACCCGCUAAAACUUCACUUAUCACCACGCGUGGCUACAUUUUUGGUUUUUGAAGAAAAAGGCGUAUUUUAAAGCAAUUUUUCAGCACCUAAUGAGGCGGAACACGAACGUUGUUGCCGUUGCCGGUGGCCACGUGGCAAAUAGAUAUUCCUCUGGUAAGAUGGUUUCUACAACAGAUAUUUCGCCCAAUUUUGUACUUUAGACCUUCCGAAACUGCCGGCUCCGCAGCCGGGGAAGACUCUCAAGCACUUUUUGGAUUUCGCGGAAGCCCUUCAGUCGAAGAAGGAAUUCGAGGAAACCAAGAAGGUAUCCCGAUAGUUUGUUCUGACGGUCAGAAUAUAAUUUUAGAUUGUGAACGAUUUUGUGGUCAAAGAUCUGCCAAAGCUUCAGGAUCUGCUGCAGAAGAGAGCGGAUGCGCUGCCUAAUUGGGUGAGUUUAUUUUUAGUGAAGAGUUUUGAGAAUAAUUGUUUUUUGUUUUCUCUGAGAAAUAAUGAGUGCUAAGUUUGUUUCAGCUUACUCCAUGGUGGCUCAACAUUGCCUACCUUGCCGCGCGAACCCCUCUUCCCGUGGUCACGUCUCCCGGAGUCAUGUUUCCAAAGUUCGACUUCAACACCCAAGAGGGACAACUCGAAUACGCGGCGAAGAUCAGUCAAGCAGCGAUCAAGUUCUAUCUUCUUGCCAAAAAGUGAGUGGUCUCAUCGGUCGGACGUUUUUUUUAAAAUCAUUUUUCAGUGAUCAACUAAAACCAGAUAUGUCCGGCAAGUCCCCAUUGGAUAUGAGUCAGUACAAGUUCUUGUUCGGGACCACGCGAGUGCCAAAAGUCGGGGCCGACGAGAUUCGGUACGGAUGCGACUACAAAGAGACUCUGCAACACAUUGUGGUGAUCCGGAACGGGCAUGUAAGUGUUGUGUUCGUUCGUGAUUACAAAAAACGUUUCUUUUUUUAGUUGUUCCGUGUUCAAAUUCUCGACAACAAUGAGCAGCCGUUGUCCAUUUCCGGAAUUACACAACAGCUCGCGAGAGUGGUGGCGGACAGCGAGACGCCGAAUCCGCAUCCUGUGGGAAUUGUUUCGUCGGACUCGCGCGACAAGUGGGCCAACGUGUACACUGCAUUGAAAAGUAAGUAGCAUUGUGAUGAACGAGAAUGUGGGGUGUCUUUGCCACAAAUCCUUUUUUUGAGUAACUAAGACGGUCAGAAUCCCGGGCUUCUAUCAUUUUCCCAUACAAGUCCAUGUAUUUGAGAAGAAGUUGAGAAGAAGUAGUGAAAAAGUUUGGUUAAAUUUCAGAAAACAUCAACAAUGUGCAGUCACUCGAAGCCGUUGAGAAGGCUCUGUUUGUAGUGUGUCUCGACAAGGCUAGUGAUCCUCCAGUUGGUUAUACGGAGAAGGAUGAGCAGAGCAGGCAGGCACUUCAUGGCGGCGGAUCCAAAAGCAACUCUUGCAAUCGGUGGUUCGACAAGACUAUUCAAUUUGUGAUCGGAACCAAUGGAUACACGGGAAUGACCUACGAGCAUACCCCCGCAGAAGGCCCACCAGUCGGAGCACUCAUGGACUACAUUUGUGAUCAAUUGUAUGUUGCUUUUUCAAUUAUUUCGUGAAAACCCGUUUAAACAAUUUCAGUGACGCCAACGCAUUUGUGCUCGACGGACCGUCUAGUACAUCGAAUGUGCCACGUCUUGACAUCAAAACCGACGAUGAAAUUAAUAAGCGGAUCGCCAAGAGCACCAGAAACAUGGAUCACAUCGCUCAGGACCUGGAUAUCACUGCGUUUACCUUCAAACCCUAUGGAAAGAACUUCCCCAAGUCAUCAAAGAUCUCUCCGGAUUCGUUCAUCCAAAUGGCUUACCAAUUAGCUUUCUACCGGAUCCAUUCCUCUCGUAAGCCAAUUAUAUAACUUUUUUCCUUGACUUCAUUAGCCACAUUCCAGUUCCGCCGACCUACGAGACGGCCACUUUGCGCAAGUUCACCGAGGGCCGAACCGAGAAUAUCCGAUCACCGAGUACCGCGGCGGCAACGUUUGUGAAGAAGGUGUGAAUAAUCUUGAUGAUUUGUACCCUCCAACAUCCUUUCAGAUGGUAUCGAAGCCUCCGUCUCCGGUCAGCGAAAUCUAUGACGCACUGCUGCACGCGACCAAUACUCACAAGAAGUAUACGGUGGAUUGCAUGAAUGCCGCUGGAAUGGACCGACAUUUGCUGGCCUGGAAGUUGAUUGCGUCGGAGAACAACCUGCCGACCCCGGAGAUCUUCGGCUCGAACAUCUAUCACCAACUCAACCACUUCCAGGUGUCCACCAGUCAAGUGCCAACCCGUCAUUUCAUCCAAAUGUGCUUUGGACCGUCCGCCCAUGACUGCUAUGGAAUCUGCUACAACCCGCAAGAGACUGAACUGCACUUUAUGAUCUCGACAUUCAAAAGUUACGGAUCGACAAGCUCGAAAAAGUUUGCCAAGGAGCUCUCGAGAGCUCUCAUCGACAUGAAAUCGGUCAUUAAUAAGGCAACGAAGGAAAUUUCCAAGUUAUAG